AUGGAGUUUGUAACUAACUGCGGCCAUAAGGCUACAGCAAAGCCGGUUUUGAAAAAGGGAGGACCCUACGAAGGCAAGUGGCUUUGUCGCGUCAUUGGACCGAAAGGCUUGAAGACGUUGUAUUCAGACGCCUCUGUGGAGGCAGCCAGAGCGCGAAUAGCGAGGUUUAUCGGUGUCCCGCCCUCUUUUGUUCUGGAUUCCAGACAUGCAUGUGUUGCUGCUUCGUCACCUCCUGUAUAUUCGCCACCUGUAGCCACCAGCGCACCACCCAUACCAGUGGUGUCUCCUGAAAGGAGACGGCCAUUUGAUGUUUACGAAGCUUCGCCGAAUAGGCUGGCUACUUGCCGCAAAUGCAUCCAAAAGAUCCAACGAGGGGUUCUUCGGGUGGGCAUUCAAGAGUAUUAUCAUCCGAGGGAAGAUUGGUCCAUCAAAUACUACCACAAAACUUGUCUCCCUGACGCGCUGUUGGGAGACCUCUAUCUGGAAUCAUCAGCUGGCGCCUCCAAAUGGGCGUCCCCUUUUAGUUCUCCUGCAGUUUCUGCGGAAACCAAGUUGAAUCUAGAGCUAGAAUCCCGACGUUCCAGAGAGGAAGCGAAGCGACGGCUUGUCUUUGACACGCGAGGUGACUUAAGAGAAGAACUGCGUCAGCUUCGACUGGGCUUUGCAAAGCGGUUGGGCCGCGGUGAUGCAGUGUAUUUGGUAUUCGACAAUAAGACACUUGAUGACUUGGUGCUCCAGCUACCCACAACCACCUCUCAGCUGCUAAAGUGCAAAGGUAUGGGUGGAGCACGGUGUCGACAGUUUGGCCCUGCUAUUCUACAGGUCAUUCUGCAGUACAAGAAGCGAGAACAAGACGAGGAUGCCGCUGGAGGGGAGGACUGUGAUGUUCGGAUAGGUGAAGUACUAACAAUUGAUCAAAUCAUCGAUAGAAAAUUGAAGGAAGCCGAACUUCGGGGACAAGUCUUUGCCAUAAUCUAG